CACUUACUGCUGCUAAUCAGGCUAGUUAUGGAAACGAGCCCUAAAUACCUGUUCUGCCCUAUUUGACUGGCCAAUAGGUGCUUUCCGUGCAUGCGGCUUCUACAUGGGAGCAAAGCGCUGGAGCACUUUGCAUUUAGGGACAGUCUCUUUUUUCCCAAGGCGUAUGUUAAAGACGCCAGUCGUGGUGGACAAUUGCAUUGCUAGCCCGUUUGCGCGUUAGCUCACCGGGCUAACCGGAGAACCGGACCAACUCCGCCGGGGCUGAACGCUGCGACCGGGAGAGAAGAGCACGCUGUCGAGCUGCACCUUUCCUUGGCGCUUGGGUCCUUCACAUGGGAGUCUGAUAACUAAGCGAUAACUAUGUACCCGUGUUGUUUUUGCGCCGUGAGCCACCUGGUUAUUGGUGCGAGGAUCCCGCUGGCGAGCUAACAGGAUAUUAGCCCGCUCCCUCGGCACUCCGCUUUGUGGUCGCAGGCCACGGGCUGAAACGCACCCAUCGCUGGCUGAGUGAUGCGACGGCUGUCUUCAUGGCACGGCAUUAUUCAUUGGGAAGCGGCGAUUUAACACAGCUAAACGGACCAACGGUCCGUCUGAUUUGAACCCUGCCCACGGACACCCGAAAAUGCGCCCGAGUGCGCGAGCUUUGUCUGCGGCGGAGUAGGAGCCGAGCGGCGGAUUAUCGUCACUGCCGAGACCAGCGUCACCUGCGCUUCACGAGCGGCCGAACAGCAUGUCUGCCGCCAAGGAAAACCCCUGCAGGAAAUUCCAGGCGAACUUCUUCAACAAAAGUAAAUGCCAGAAUUGCUUCAAACCACGAGAGUUGCACCUGUUGACGGACCAGGACCUGACCCAGGCUAAACCUAUAUAUGGUGGCUGGCUGUGCUUGGCCCCCGAGGGAACCGACUUUGAAAACCCUACGCAGAGAUCCCGGAAAUGGCAGAGGAGAUUCUUUGUGCUGUACGAACACGGCUGUCUGCGCUUUGCCCUCGACGAAUCGCCAAGCACGCUGCCACAGGGAACAGUGAACAUGAACCUCUGCACUGACGUCAUAGACUCCGAGCCCAAGACCGGCCAGAAGAACUCCCUUUGCAUCAUCACCCCGGACCAGGAGUACUUCAUCAGAGGAGAGAACAAAGAGAUCAUCAAUGGAUGGAGUGAACAGCUGGUAGUGUACCCCCAAACUAACAAGCAGAACCAGAAGAAGAAACGCAAGGUGGAACCGACAACCUCCCAGGAGCCAGGUCCAGCCAAGGUAGCAGUGACCGGCUCUGGCAUCCCGGAGGCGGAGAAGGUUCCAAACUCAAGCUCCCUCAUAUGGCAGGAGGAGCUGAACCAGAGAGAGGCCGAGGGGGCUCCAGUCUGGGCCCCUGACCUGCCUCCAGGAUCACCGCUGCCCCCUGCAGUGGACCCUGCGGCCCACGGCUCUGACUCUGGCUCACUGAACGGCGACGAGGUGGACCAGGGUGGCCUCGCGCUGGCUGGCUCUGCUCCUCAGCCGCCCAGAGACCCGGUCUCCCCGACCGGCUCCUGCUCAAGCUCGGGCGGGGUCCCACACUGCCUCUCCCCGGCCCCCAGCGACCCCUUCCCCUCUGGGGGCUCCCUGCUCUCCAAUGGCUCACACAUCAGCGGCUCGGUCAGCUCUCUGGACUCGGACGCCAGCGGAAGCACCGUGACCAGCACCGACAGCCACCCGGCCAACCAGCGGGGGGGCCACUGCUACAGCCACCACGACCAUCCCCGAUCCCGACGGCUGGAGGCAGAGGCGAGGAAGGCCGAGAAGAGGAGCCGGUUCAGGAGCCCCGACAGGCCGGAGAUGAAGGUCGUCCAAAGCCCAGAGAGUCGUUCCGGUGUUAUUGAGAAGUUGGAGGCUUUGGAGCUGGAGAAUCCAGAGAAAAUGGAGGUGGAGGAGUUGAGCAGGAGGGGAGGGCGACAGGGCCGGAGUGAGCACAGAGGCUUCCACAGAGAGGACGGGGGUCUGGACUUUGCCUCCUCUCUGCCACCUCUAAGAAGAGCCAAGUCCCUGGACAGAAGGACCACUGAAUCGGUCAUGACGCCGGACUUACUGAACUUCAAGAAAGGUUGGAUGGUGAGGCUGGAUGCACACGGCCAGUGGAAGAAGUACUGGUUUGUUUUGACGGAUCACAGCUUGAGAUACUACAGGGACUCCAUUGCCGAGGAGGCCUCCGACCUGGAUGGUGAGAUCGACCUGUCUACCUGCUACAGUGUAACUGAAUACCAGGCUCAACGCAACUAUGGCUUCCAGAUACAUACCCGGGAGGGAGUGCACACCCUGUCGGCCAUGACAGCAGGUAUACGCAGGAACUGGAUCCAGGCCGUCAUGAAGAACGUCAGACCCUCCGCCGCCCCUGAUGUGGCCAGCUCAACGGAGGCCGGCGGCUCCUCGGGUCUCCCGGAGGCCGCGGGGCCCGACGUUACGCGGGACUCCAUCUGCUCGGAGGCGCUGCCCGCGGGGAGAGAGUCCACCCCGGCUGUCGCAAAGAGCAGAGCGCGAGAGCGCAGAAGAGAAGGACGCUCCAAGACCUUCGACUGGGCCCAGUUCAGACCCAUCGCUCAGGCUCUGGCCCAGCAGAGGGCCGAAGAGGCCGGCGGCCUCCGCGCAGACCUGGACCACCUGGAAAGAAGUGUGAGAAGAGAGGACAGGUGGAGGAGGCGCGAGUCUGUGUCCGGCUCGUCAUCGGAGCAAACGUCCGCUCACCAAGGAGGGAGAAAAGACUGCGAGGGUGGAGACGCGGCUCAACAGAGCGCUUCACCCGUGGGCGGGAAGCAGAGGGUGGAGGAAGAGAUCGAACAGCACUGGCAGCAGCUGGAGAAGACGCCCAUUCGGGAGGAGAGGAGAGUGCCUCUGCACUCCAGAGACACUGCUGAGCUACAGCAGCUGCUGGAGAACCACAAGCAAGGGAUUGAAGACCUGAAGGCCCAGCUGGAGCGCUGCCACCAGCAGCUUGUGGACUCAAACAGGCACAAGCAGGAGCUGGAGCUGCAGCUGAGAACGUCUCCGGAUGUCCGGACAGGUUACAUCUCUCCUCUGGAGCGCCCUUUGGGUCUGGAGGCUGAUGUGACGCCCCAGACGAAGAGGCCCGAACUGGCCACCUGUGAGAGGGGCUUUACUGCCAUGGAAGUGUCCCAUCAGAAGGUAAUAGAUGAGCUGCAGAGGAAACACCAGAGGGAGCUGGAGAACCUGCAUGAGGAGAAAGAGCGACUGCUGGCAGAAGAGACUGCAGCCACCAUUGCUGCAAUUGAAGCAAUGAAAAAUGCCCACCGGGCCGAGUUGGAGAAGGAGCUGGACAAAGCUCGCAAGGCCAACAACAACACGGAGAACGCAGACAUAGAGGAGAUCCGCAGACAGCACGAGGAGGAGCUGUGCUCUUUCCAGCGGGAGAUUGAAGUGUUGUCGGAUCAGUAUUCCCAGAAGUGUCUGGAAAACGCCCACCUGGCCCAGGCGCUGGAGGCCGAGAGGCAGGCCCUCCGGCAGUGCCAGAGGGAGAACCAGGAGCUCAACGCACACAACCAGGAGCUGAACAACCGGCUGGCAGCAGAGAUCACAAAGAUGCGCUCAAUGGCCUCUGAGGAUGGAGGGGGGGACACGCACACCACGAUACAAGGAAAAGAGCUCUACGAGUUAGAAGUGAUGUUGAGGGUGAAGGAGUCCGAGGUCCAGUACCUCAAGCAGGAAAUCAACUCCUUGAAAGAGGAACUCCAAGCUGCCCAACGAGACAAGAAAUAUGCAACGGAUAAGUACAAGGACAUUUACACAGAGCUGAGCAUUGUGAAGGCCAAAGCCGAGCGGGACCUGGGUCGGCUCAGAGAUCAGCUGCAGGCGGCUCAUGAGGCGCUUGGCGAGGCGUCGCUGGAGGAGGUGGAGCGAGGAGGCUACGAUAUCAUGAAAUCCAAGAGCAACCCUGACAUCCUGAAGAUGGCAGCUGCUGCGGCCAAACGCUCCGAGCGCACGAUGAGGUCAAAGUCUGUGAGUCGAGACAUGCCCUGGGACAGUUAGGGCGGCUGAGGACGUGUAGGCCUCCUUCUUUAGAGUCUGAAAGAAGGGCUGACGGCUGAGCAGAGACUCCAUCUGUUUGAAAAUGAAGACGCUAAGGAGUUCUGAGGAAGACUCAUCAUGUAUACCGACCUUGAUGCACGUUUAGAGGCCCACUAUAUUUUAGCUCUGCAAUGACUUUAGUUACACUACACACUGGUCAAACACAGCUCACAUAUUAUUAAAGAACCAUGUUAUGAAGUUCGAGUAUCAUGUCUAGACUUUGCAUUCCAUGCACUUCAGUUUACUGUGACAUUUUUUGUACUGUUAUUUCUUCCUGCCACGUCUCGCUGUAAAUACUGUUUUAAACUGAGCAUCUGUUCUGCAUACAUUAAAACUAUGACCGUGUAAGCUACUGUUUUAAUUUGAUAGACUAUUGCUAGCCAAACACAUAGCUGCGAUGCUAACCGCUGAACACCACUAUUAUCGGUGAGUGACGCGUGCUCUGCAGAAGCAUAGGAACGAGUGUGGUGUCCAGGUGAAGGUUCCACCACUGCGUCAGCUGACGCGCUAGUGAUUAAAGUCUGCAUCAGAAAGCAUGUGACCCUCUGGCUUCCAUAAUAAGAUCAUCCUUGGAUCAAAUGUAUUUAUUUAAAUGGUUUGGAUUUUUCUUUCACGUUCCCAUUCCUUUGUACUCUAUUAUUGUAAAUAUAAAGCAAAUAUACACCGACUGAUUACAGGUUUAUAGGCAAUAAAUAUUUUUGCACCCUU